AAGCAGCAAGUGACAGCGGGAAGUCACAUGAUCUGUUAGUCCAGGUUGAACCAAGUUGAACCGUAGAAAUCCUAUUUAGCGUAAAGAGAAACUGUCUUUUAAAGAAACAGAGUGAUGGCUGUGGAGGGAUGUGCAAAAAUCAUCAAAAUCCUGCUGUUUGGGUUCAACUUUAUAUUCUUUCUUGGUGGUGUUGGAUUGCUUGGAGUAGGGGUAUAUGUUCAGCUUAAGAUUGGUGAUUAUGUGGAACUCUCAUCUGUAAAAUAUGUGACAGGACCAAUCAUUAUUAUUGCUGUUGGUGCUGUUAUUGCUGUAAUUGCAUUCUUUGGUUGUUGUGGUGCUAUAAAGGAAAGCAGAUGCCUCCUUGGAACGUUUUUUGCCUUGAUGUUGCUGAUCUUUGGCUUGGAAGUUGCAGGGACAGCCUUGGGUUUUGUUUACAGGUCUCAGGUCAAAGAUGAACUGAUGAAGGAUCUGAAUGAGACGCUGAGUCAGUAUGGCGAAUCAGACAAGAAAGGAGUAACCCAAGCUUUUGACUUACUGCAGGAAAAAGAAAAAUGCUGUGGAGUGAAUGGUUAUACAGACUGGCGGAGGUCAUCUUUCACUGGGGGAAACCACACGUUUGUUCCUGAUAGUUGCUGCAAAGAAGUGAAAACAGGUUGUGGAGUGAUACCAGGUGGCACAGAUACCAGUAAAAUCAACACUGGGGGAUGUUACCAAAAGACACUUGAUUUACUCAGAGACAACUUGAUUAUUAUUUGUGGAAUAGGAGUUGCAGUGGCCGUCAUUCAGCUUCUGAGCAUGAUAUUUGCCCUGGUCAUGAUAUGCAAGAUUAAAGACCAAAGCACGUAUGCUUAGCAAGGGAAGUUUACCAGAGAGCAUUGCCGUUAUGCCGCACUUCUUCAAUUACGUUUGAGAACGGUGUUCCUUAAACAAAACAAGUAAAUACAUAAAUAAACACAAGAAUUUUUUUUAUAUAGGAGAUGAAACGAAAAAUGUCGGAAAAUUGAUCUUUUCACUAAUGGCUUUUUUAUUUAUACUUUUGAAUUCAGCUUUUUAUUAAAUCAUGGAUUCUUUUUUUGCGUAAAAUAUAGUUAACAGAACUGUGUAUGUGUAAACUAUCACUAUUUAUUACUAUUUAAACAGUUUUUUUCAGCAAUAAGAGUUGAAUUUGGAGUGUUACUAAGACACUCAAGUUUUGCAUGGUCAUCAGAGGCAGGCAGACUUGUUGAUGUGACAUGCUGGGCUGCGUAUACAACUUAGAAUGACUGGAAACUGUAAAAGAUCGGAAGAAAGUUUGUCAUAACCAGUUUGAGUAUUUAUAAGCGGAUUAUCUGAUGGACACUUGUUAUUUAAAGUUCGUGUGCCUUUUUUCCUCGACUAAUUUAUAAUAUUUAUACCGCAUUUACUUACAGCUUAGAGAAAUCCCCCGCUAGGCAGGCCAAAAUCCGCGGUUUAUAAUUUUAUAGAAAUAGAAACUUUCGUAGAAGUAAUCGUGUCAAAGGAUCUCAUCUCUUUAGAAUUACUGACACAGUUUGGGAGAACGCGAAAAAGCUCUGGACAAGGAUCCUGCUACUACAACAUUUCUCGUUCUCCGAAACGUUUACCCUUUUAUAGCUAUAAUGAACUGUUUAACGCUAUAACCAAUUUUUUCUGUUCUGUUUUUGUAUUCUUUUUGAUAUUUGCUCGUACAGGUUAAUCACUAUAAGAGCGAGGGAUUUUUAGAGGGCUUACGGCUGAAACGACCGUCUUUUUCCUCGGUGGUUAAUUUCUUUUAACAGCAUCGUGUUGAUAAGUAUUGUCCGCCGCGGCAGCACAAUAUGGUAGUUUCUUGAGGAGAUGAUCUUUCACUUAAGCAUUAAGGUUCUCACGUUCCCAAGAGAUUCGAUUUAUUUGACAAAUAAAGAAGUCUAAGCCGUGUAUUACACUAUGAUAAAACACGACGGGCAUUUGAGGUCACGAGGUUAAUGUAGAAAACAAGAGCCGCAAGCGAGCGUUUUCUACAUUCCUCGAGUGUUUUCAAAUGUCCGGAGUGUUUUAUCACAGUGUAAUACACGGCGUAGACUUCUUCAUUUGUUUAUGAUAUA